GGCACAGCUGUAACUAUCUUAUUGGCGGAGACUCCGCUUUACAUGAUGUAAGCAAACUGCACGUGCUGUGAGUGACUGAAGUCCUGCCAGACUCAGCUGCGGUUUGCACACAGCGUCAAUGCCAGAAUGACCGCGGACAACAAACAGUCAGGCGCUAGACAGAACCCACUGGCCGCUGCCGGAUGUUUUUCACGAGUCUUCUUGUGCUGGUUAAGCCCCCUGCUGUACCUUGGACACAAUCGGAGGCUGGAGGAAAGUGACCUGUACAGAGUUCUUCCAGAGGAUGGGUCUGAAAUACUGGGAGAGGAGCUGCAGAGAUUUUGGGACCAUGAAGUUAGAAAGGCCUCAAAGGAACUUCGGGAGCCAAAUCUCACCAAAGUCCUCAUUAAGUGCCACGGGAAGUCCUUUGCAGUGGCUGGGUUGUUUGUAUUUUCACUGGAGGCCAUUAAAGUGAUCCAGCCAUUCCUCAUGGGGGAAAUCAUCAUGUACUUUGAGAAUUAUGACCCAGACGACCAGAGAAGUCUUUUCAUGGUGUACGGAUACGCUGCUGCAAUGUCCCUCACCACCUUUGGACUGACUUUCUUUAGCCAUCUCUACUACUACCAUGUCCAAAGAAUAGGCAUGAAGAUUAGAAUUGCCAUGUGUCACAUGAUAUACAGAAAGGCUCUUUGUCUCAGCAGUGAAUCCAUUGGAAGAACCACCACCGGACAAAUUGUGAACCUCCUUUCAAAUGAUGUCAACCGUUUUGAUGAGAUUACACUCAAUCUGCACUACCUGUGGGUGGCACCUCUGCAAGCUCUGGUGAUAAUUGCUUUCCUUUGGAAUGGGAUCGGAGUGUCGUGUCUGGCUGGUGUGGCAGUGAUUGCCCUUAUGAUGCCUGUGCAGGCCUGGUUUGGAAAGCUCUUUGGAAAAUUCAGGGGUAAAACGGCAAUCCUUAGUGACAACAGAAUCCGCAUUAUGAAUGAAGUGGUGUCCGGCAUCAGGAUCAUCAAAAUGUAUGCCUGGGAAAAACCAUUCUCUGCUUUGGUUACAGAAGUCAGAAGGGAAGAAAUCAUUCAGAUUAUGCGUAGCUCCUACCUACGAGGACUCAACAUGGCCUCCUUCUUUGCCAGCAGUAAGAUCAUAGUCUUUGUUACCUUCACCGUCUACACUCUCCUGGGCAACACCAUCACCGCCAGCAGUGUGUUUGUCACCGUGUCUCUCUACGGCACCAUCAAGCUCACACUCACCCUGUUCUUUCCCCUGGCCGUGGAGAAGUUGUCUGAGACUUUGGUCAGCAUUUGCAGGAUUAAGAAUUUCCUCCUGCUGGAAGAGGUUGACAGAAAAAACUUUGCUCUUGCUUUGGAGAAAAAGAAGGAAACCAGUAUUGAGAUUGAGCAGCUCAGCUGCUACUGGGAUAAGAGUUUGGAUGCUCCAUCUCUGCAGAAUGUCUCUGUCAAUGUGCAGUCAAACCAACUUCUGGCUGUUAUUGGACCAGUUGGAUCAGGAAAGUCAUCCCUGCUGAGCGCCAUCCUGGGAGAGCUGCCUCAUGACACUGGAACACUAACAGUCAGAGGGCAGCUCAUCUAUGCAUCCCAGCAGCCCUGGGUGUUCCCUGGAACCAUCCGCGGUAACAUCUUGUUUGGGAGAGAGCUGAACCUCCAGAGGUAUGAGAGAGUCAUCACAGCCUGCGCUCUGAAGAAGGACCUGGAGCUGCUCCCAGAGGGAGACCAGACACUAAUUGGGGACAAAGGAGCCACGCUUAGCGGCGGACAGAAAGCUCGAAUCAGCCUGGCCCGGGCUGUGUAUCAGGAUGCAGACAUCUACCUCCUGGAUGAUCCUUUAAGUGCUGUGGAUGCUGAGGUUGGGAAAUAUCUUUUUGAACAGUGCAUCUGCGGUCUGCUGAAGAACAAGUGUCGUAUCCUGGUUACCCACCAGCUGCAACAUCUAAGGGGUGCUGACCAGAUCCUGGUCCUCAGGGAGGGUCAUAUCAUGGCCCAGGGUACCUACAAUGAGCUGCAGUGUUCCGGCCUAGACAUCGUGUCCAUGCUGAAAAGUGAGGAGGAGCUGGAGAAGUGGUCUCAAUCAGCUGAGACAGACAAGAUGUCGUUACACAGCCAAAGGACGAAUCAGUCACACUGUUCUCACAGCAGCCUCCUCCCGCCUGAGAGCAACUGUGAUGACAAGCUUCCUGUUGAAGCAGUUCGUACCAUGUCAGAGGAGACUCGAGUUGUAGGAAAUGUCAGCAGCCACAUUUACCUCGAGUACUUCACUGCAGGCAGUCAUGUUCUGGUCUUGUUGGCUAUAGUCCUGCUCAGUGUCAUAGCUGAGGUUGCAUAUAUUGUGCAGGACUGGUGGCUGGUAUACUGGGCCAGAGGAGGGCAGCAGUUUUUCAACAGCACAACCAAUGAUGUCAGUGUUAAAAAUAAUGCUCACAAUGUGACUCUCAUAGAUCAAGAGUUGAGUCUCACAUUUUACCUCAGCAUUUAUUCAGGUUUCACAGCAGCUGCCGUCAUCUUCGGCUACGCCAGGAGUUUAGUCAUCUUUCAUUGGUUGGUGAGCUCAGCACAGAGACUCCACAACAGCAUGUUCAGCGCCAUUCUCCGCACGCCCGUUCACUUUUUUGACGUCAACCCCAUCGGAAGAAUUCUUAACAGGUUCUCCAAAGACAUCAGCCUGAUGGACUCCAUGUUACCCCUCACCUUUGUGGACUUCUAUCAGUUAUUUUUACAGAAUGUUGGCGUGGUUGCAGUAGCUGCCUCAGUCAUCCCUCACAUACUCAUUGCUGUCAUUCCUCUGCUCUUUAUCUUCCUGUACCUGCGGCGUUUCUACCUCAACACAUCACGAGAUGUUAAACGUCUCGAGUCCACAUCUCGCAGUCCCGUCUUCUCCCACCUGUCUUCGUCUCUUCAGGGUCUGUGGACGAUCCGAGCCUUCAGGGCUGAGGAAAGACUUAAGAAAGCAUUUGAUGCAUAUCAGGACACUCACUCAGAGGCGUGGUUUCUGUUCCUGAUGACCUCCCGCUGGUUCGCACUGCGCCUGGACAGCAUUUGCUCCAUAUUUCUCACCACUGCAACAUUUGGCUGCCUCUUACUCAGAGACGGGCUGGACGCUGGAGAGGUGGGCCUGAUGCUGACCUAUGCUGUCACACUGGUAGGAAACUUCCAGUGGACAGUGAGGCAGAGUGCCGAGUUGGAGAACAUGAUGACAUCAGUGGAGAGAGUAGUGGAGUACACAGAGCUAAAGAGCGAAGCCCCCUGGGAAACCGAGAAGCGUCCUCCUCCCGAUUGGCCGAACCGAGGCCUGUUGACCUUUGACCAUGUAAACUUCUCCUACAGCCCUGAUGGGCCGCUGGUCCUCAAAGACAUCAGUGCCACCUUCCAACCCAGUGAGAAGGUUGGUAUUGUGGGGAGGACGGGUGCAGGGAAGAGCUCCCUGGUGUCAGCUCUGUUCCGUCUGGCUGAGCCACAGGGAAAGAUCUACAUUGAUGGUGUUCUCACUUCUGAGAUCGGCCUCCACGACCUGCGCCAGAAGAUGUCCAUCAUUCCUCAGGACCCUGUGCUGUUUACUGACACUGUGAGAAAGAACCUGGAUCCUUUCAACCAACACACUGAUGAAGCCCUGUGGAUGGCGCUGGACGAGGUGCAGCUGAAGGGUGUGGUGGAGGAGCUGCCUGGGAAGCUAGAGACAGUUCUGGCUGAGUCCGGCUCAAACUUCAGUGUGGGCCAGAGGCAGCUGGUGUGUCUGGCCAGGGCCGUCCUGAGAAAGAACCGCAUCCUCAUCAUCGAUGAAGCCACAGCCAACGUGGAUCCCAGGACAGAUGAGUUGAUCCAGAAAACCAUACGAGACAAGUUCAGAGAGUGCACUGUGCUGACCAUCGCUCAUCGACUCAACACCAUCAUAGACAGUGACCGCAUACUGGUACUGGACAGUGGAGGCAUCCAGGAGUUGGACUGUCCCUUCACUCUGCUGCAAAAGGAAGGGGCUUUCUACAAGAUGGUGCAACAGACCGGCCCAGCGGAGGCAGCAGCCCUGCUGGAGUCAGCAAGAAAGGUGGCGCAACAGUCUUGA